CCCCUUCAGAGGUGGCGAGAAGCGUUAGUCUAAUAAAAAUGUUCCAACGAUUGGUGGUGCGCUAUAUCAUCGCCGCGCUGCUGGCAUUGAUGGCUGGGCCAUCCCAGCAAUGCAAGGAUCCCACUGUAGCCGAGGUGACCAAAGAAUGGUGGCAAACGGCCCAAUUUUAUCAAAUCUACCCCAGAUCCUUUAAGGAUUCCGAUGGUGAUGGCAUUGGUGAUUUGAAGGGCAUCACCUCCAAACUGGAGUAUCUCAAGGAUAUUGGGGUGACAGCGGCCUGGCUUUCGCCCAUUUUUGCCUCACCCAUGGUCGAUUUCGGCUAUGACAUCUCCAACUUUUUCGAAAUCCAACCAGAGUAUGGUACCCUGGAUGAUUUCCGGGAACUAAUUGCCAAGGCCAAGGAAUUGGAUUUGAAAAUAAUUUUGGAUUUUGUUCCGAAUCAUUCGAGCAAUGAAAGUGAGUGGUUCAAGAAAUCGGUGAAUCGUGAGCGGGGCUAUGAGGAUUUUUAUGUCUGGGCCAAUGCCAAGACAGAUGAGAAGGGUCAGAGGCAACCACCCAGUAAUUGGCUGCAAUCGUUUCGAGGCAGUGCCUGGGAAUGGAAUGACCAAAGGCAACAAUAUUAUCUUCACCAAUUUACGGUCCAACAGCCGGAUUUGAAUUAUCGCAACCCGGCGGUGGUGGAGCAAAUGAAGCGGGUCCUCAGAUAUUGGCUGGAUCAGGGUGUGGCUGGUUUUCGCAUUGAUGCCGUUCCCGUGCUCUUCGAAGUAGAACCCAACGCCGAUGGCAUUUAUCCUGAUGAGGAGGUGAGCGGGGUAACCACUGACAAGGAGGAUAGGACCUAUUUGAAAACCGAUCUCAUAGAAAAUCAACCCGAAACCAUUGACAUGGUCUAUCAGUGGCGUAGGGUAAUGGAUGACCACCAGAGGAUCCAUGGAGGUGAUACCAGGGUGUUGCUUAUCGAAACCUAUGCCCCGGCCUGGUUUACCAUGCAAAUGUACGGCAACUCCAGCACCGAGGGGGCCCAUUUGCCCUUCAAUUUCAAUUUAAUAACCGAAGUGGAUACCGACUUCACAGCCGCAGAUGUGCAAAAAGCUGUCGAUGAUUGGCUCAGUCAAAUGCCCGCCGGGAGGACUGCCAACUGGGUAACCGGUAACCAUGAUCGCCGUAGGGCAGCCAGCCGUUAUGGCCAACGCAAUAUUGAUGCCAUGAAUAUGUUGGUCAUGCUCCUACCCGGAGCCAGUGUCACCUAUCAGGGCGAGGAGCUGGGCAUGACUGACGGGGAAAUAUCUUGGGAGGACACCGUGGAUCCGGCAGCCUGUAAUUCCAGUCCCGAAAUCUAUGAGAAAUUUACCCGCGAUCCCUGUCGCACACCCUUUCAAUGGAGUGCAGAGAAAAAUGCCGGCUUUUCGGAGGGCAGCAAGACAUGGCUACCGCUGGCCGGAGACUAUAAGACGGUUAAUGUGGCAAUGGAAUUGGCGGCAGAUAAAUCACAUUUGAAAAUCUACAAGGAGUUGGUGAAGAUGAGGAAGACUUCAAAGACCCUGCAGCAGGGAGCAUAUAAAUACAAAGCCCUCGAUGAGGGGGUGUUUGUGCUGAAGAGAUACUUGUCGGGAGAAGACACCCUCGUUUUGGUGGCCAACUUUGGUGAGGCCACCAAAAAUGCAAAUUUAUUGGAUAAUUUCGACUCUACCCUGCCCACAUCCAUGAGCGUGGUAUUGAGCAGCUCAAAUUCCAACAAAUAUUCGGGUAUACCCAUAUCGGCGAAAUUGUUGUCUUUGGAGGCAGGAGAAGCCCUGGUAUUGAAGGGAAAUUAAUUUUGGGAUGAACUAAA